UAAAUAUGUAAAUGCUAUCCUAUCCUACAUACAGAUAGCCUUAUGGUGAUGUAUUUCUGUCACUGCAAUAUUAUAUGAGUCAGUGAGUGUAUGAUGAUGUAUGAGCCAUCUCUUGCUCAGGCAAUAUGCAUUGUUCAUCGAUCAACAAAAUAUUUGCAUCAAUUAUUAAGCCUACCAGAGAGGGCUUUUUGGAUUACUGUUCCUAUUUCAUCAUCGUCAUUGCUUUAAUUGGAGUAGCGAGGGUAUGGAUUGGUGGAUCAACAAUGAGAAUUAAUUGCCCCCAAGAACUUUUUGAAAAGUCUGACCAAUUUCCGAAAGAAUUUGGCACUUUGGUAUAUACAUCCAGGCCAUCACCUCUUCAAUCUGAUUUGGAAGAAAAUGAAGAAUUAUUAUCAGGAAAUGGGAAGUUUAAUGAAUUUACAUCACCAGAUAAUGUAGGUGUGAACAAGUUGAACGAAUCAUUGAAUGAAUCAGGGUCAAUUGUCCAAUGUGCAAAAUAUUAUCAAACAGUAUUUGCUUAUAUUCUUCUUGUUGAAUCUACUAUUCUACUGUUUUCAGGAUUGAUAUGGGACAAGGUACCUAAAGUAACGCACACUCUAAAGAGAUUCACUGAAAUUGUUGAGGAGUGCCAAGCAAGUGACUGGGUUAAAAAUGCAUUAAACAUAAUCACUGAUAAACGUCAAUCUUCUGAUAUUUCUCAAUCUCUCUACUCGGUUAUAAGCAGUGAAAAUACAAUUUAUGAUAUGAAGUCUUUACUCGACACAUUAUUUCAUCCUAAUGGAGACUAUAAAGCUAAAGCAAAAGCUAGACAUUUAUAUGAGAAAGUACAGACUUUCUGUGAAAGCCAUUCAGUGCAAACAAAUAUAUGGAACACAUAUAUAAUCAAGUCACUGUUACAAUUUAUUUUAUGGAUUACUAUCUUCAAUAUUAAUCUUGUUUUAUUUGUCACUCUCGAAUUUUAUUAUAUAUGUCCAGAAGAUUCUAUAGUACCCUGUGAUCAUGAUACAUUUUUAAGAAUAAUUUGGUUUAUGGGUCAAACUGUGAUUUUAAUUUAUGGUGUAUUCAACUGUAAAACAUUGAAAUGGAUUAAUGAAAAAUCAAUUGUGAGACGAAGAUCAUGCUGCAAUAUAUCCAGCUGCUUACGAAGACAUAGAACACUGUAUACUUCAGAUGAUACACCACUGUUGACUUGCAGGGCUUUCAGGUUUUCUGAUAAUCCUCCAGUAUUUAACGAUGUUGCAAUUUUACUCCAUUUAUUUGAAGAAGCUUGUCCUAAAAUUCUUCCUUAUUUUGUUGUUUUUAUGUUUCCUGAAUGGAAGGAAAAACUGACGUCAUUUGCAAAUCCAGUGCAAAUGUCGGAAAUGCCCUUAAGAUCAUCUAUGCAAAUGUUAUCCGGUAGACCUCCCCCAAUAAUUGAAAUCACUGACAUUCCACUACUCCCUGAAAUAGAAGAAAAUAACAGACCAGAUGUUUUAAAAAAGAAGGAAAAACAGCCAUCGGUUACAUUCUUCAUUGAAAGCGAACUAGAAGAUUUUUCUCAUAUGCUAUCGGUGAAAAAUGAUACGAAGACUCAAUCUUUUCAUACUAAAAAAGUAUCAUCUGCAUAUCAAUCUGCUACUCUUCCUGCAGUUAAAUUUUCACCCCUCACCCAAAUCAUUGAUUCCAACAACUCCAAUCAUAACGCAAUAAGUAAUUCUGUCGAAACAUUCCCAAAUUCUAUUAAAGAAAUCGAUUUGUCAUCAACUUCAAGAAAUCAUGUUGUACCUGUAAAAAUACAGUCUGGUUCAAGUGUCAUAAAUGCUGAUGAAUUGACCACUCUCAUCCACAGAACUAGUUCUGCUGACAGUGACUUAAGAUCACUCAAUGCCACAGAAUCAAAUUCAGGUGAUGCUUCUGAAACCCAUCCAUUGUUAGACUGAUAUCAUCAAAUGAAUUUUUUUGGCAUAUUAUUGGCUAUUCAGGAUAUGCAGAAAUGAACCGCAAUGCAAUAGAUAGAUUAAAAUGUAAAAUGGAUCUCUAUACAUUACCAGUUUGCCAGACAUCCGUGGUUUCUAAAUGUAAAAUACACAUAUAUUUUUGGGAACCACUUACCGUACUACUUUUUGUAAAAUUUAUAGAGCUGUAUUUUGCUAUAGAAUUACAAUUGUACAAUUGAAAUAUUCAUCGUCAUUCAUACCGAUGUUUUCAGGUCCUGUUAUUGUACAACCUUCGCAUCACAAUAUAUUCACGAUUAAUACAUUUAAAUUAACUUUUCUAUCAAAUAAAAUCUGAUGCACCUCUCCUACCGACUCACUAGCCAAAAACCCAGAUGCAUUAUUUUUUCUUUUAAUUUUAUAUCUGUCACUGUCAUAUCGGUAUUACUGUAUUUUAAUAAUGUCUUCCACAGUUUUUAAUGCUUACUAAUUGGAAUACUGAUGCAUUGGUGCAUCAUCUAAUCUUUGCUGCACAAUUUAUCUACACAUUUGAAAUAAUCAUAAAUAUAAAAACGCUAUUUUCGAUGGGAUAAUUUAUUUAUAAUUAAGAUUCUUUGAAUA